UUGAUUUUUACGUAACCACAAUUUUUUAGAUGAUAGGAGUCGACAGAAAGUUGUUGCAUCAAUAACAAGGGCGAGGAAAACAAUAUUUAACAGUGAACAUGACUAUACUAGGUAGUAAACUAAGUAUGAAUUUCCAGCCAAACCAGAAAACUUCGGACAUAGUCGUAAUAUUGACCGUUCUGUCAGCCAUCUUGGUUACCAUGAAACUCAUUCUUGGAUGGCGGCGCAGACCGCCUGGUCCAUGGGGACUUCCGGUUUUGGGUCAUCUCCCUUUCCUUGGAUCUCGGCCUCUGAACAAAUUCAAACAGUACCAGAAAGAAUAUGGCGACGUUGUCUUUUUACGGUUUGGAACCUGGCCUACUGUUAUAAUCAGUGGAAAAGACACCGUAAAAUCAACACUCGCCCUUGAUACUUUUGCCUCGCGACCACCCUUCUUUUCAAUAAAAAGUCUCAGCGACAUGAAAGGUCUCAGUUUCUGUUUUUUCGAUGAAAGAUAUUUGCUUCAUCGAAAAAUUGCCAGUAGUGUUGUAAGAGAAUUUGGAGGUUCUGAAAAUAGUGUUCUGAAAGACGCCCUGCGCGAAGAAUCGAAUAUCUUAGUUUCCAGCUUUUUAGCAAAAAUUGGACCAUUUAACCCUAGUGAACUUCUAUAUGUUACGACAGGCAGUAUCAUCUUUCAGUUUUGUUAUGGAAAAGGUGAGAAUAUUCGAGAGAAUCCAGCGUUUCUGAAAGUCAUGGAAGAUCAAGCUAUUUUCAAAGAGUUCUUCACUGCCGGAAAUUACUUCGAUGUUCUACCAUGGUUGAGGUACAUAAUGCCUGGAAAAUUUAAAAGAUUUCUAGAACUAAUUGACCACUUCCAGAAGGCCCGUAAGGAAAUCGGCGCUCCGAUAAUGGACACAUAUGACCCGGCUCACCCUCGCCACGCCUUCGAUGGUUUCUUAAACGCUUGCUUAAAGUACAAUAUAACAGAUACACCAAGCGAAGAGGGACUGACCAAAACCCAACUUACUGAAACACUAUUGGAAAUAUUUGGUGCUGGAUUUGAAACAACUGCUUCAACUUUACGAUGGGCUCUUAUGUAUUACGCAGAGUACCAAGACGUACAGAUGAAAGUCCAAAAGGAAAUUGACGAGAAGAUAGGAAGAAACAAAGUCAUAUCUAUAAAAGACCGACUUAUUUUACCAUACACCGAGGCAACUAUUCUAGAGAUCAUGAGAGUAGCACCAGUUGUUCCCAUGGCAUUACCGCAUAUGACGACCACCGAUGUGGUCCUGAAGGGAAACCUGAUCGAGAAGGGGACGGUAGUUUUCUUCAACAUUAUGUCGCUUAUGCACGACGACUACUGGGGCAAUCCUAACGAGUUCCAACCGGAGCGAUUUCUGGACGAAGAUGGGUGUCUUCUAAAGGAAAAAGUCGAUAACGUCCUGGCAUUUGGCGCUGGAAGACGGAUUUGUCUGGGCAAGAUGAUAGCCCAGGCGGAAAUAUUUUACCUGUUAGCUACGUUACUUCAGAACUGCAGGAUUUGUAAACCUAAGAAUGUGCAAUACGACUUUGAAGGAGAGUAUGGUCUUAGUUACUUUCCAAAGGAAUAUGAAAUAUGUGUUCAGUCAAGAUAAAGUGGUUUUGAACAACUUUCUUAUUUAACAUUAAUAUCAAUUUCGGACAUUAAAUUUUCGCCAUAAAUUUCAUGUGCCUAUGUUAACGUUUUAUUUCGUUAAUCUGUUUCAUUGUGUAUGUGUAUCCGGUAUAUGUAUGAUUUCAUUACUCAAAUGCAGUGCAAAUAAAUGAAAUAAAAUAUUU